CUUCUCCUUCUGCUUUGCUCUGCUCUGCUCCUCUUCUUCCUUCUUCUUCCUUAUUCUCCAAGAAUCUCUUACCAUUCUUAGUCUCACUGUUUAAUGAUCUAGUAUAGUCUGAAGUAAUGACAAAGGUAAGUCCUGAAGUUGGAGACAAGAUGCAGGAGGAGAUUGUUCUGUCAGUUUCGGCUGAUGUGAGCUUUGCCUCUAACCAUUUUCCGAAAUAUAAAAUAGGACCUAAUAAUCAGAUUUUGGAAGAGCCGAAGGUAGACCCUAAGGCUCCAUCCCUGAAGGAGGUUGUUGCACAAGAAACUUCCCUGCUGGUAGAGCAGCAAAAGCGACUCUCCGUUCGUGACCUUGCCAGUAAAUUUGAUAAGAACUUGUCUGCUGCUGCUAAGUUGAAUGAUGAGGCAAGACUCAGAGAGGUGGCUUCUUUGGAGGGACAUGUUCUUUUGAAGAAGCUUAGAGAUGCACUAGAAUCUAUUAGAGGUCGUUUGGCUGGUAGAAACAAGGAGGAUGUGGAGAAAGCUAUCUCUAUGGUAGAAGCUUUGGCGGUGAAGUUAACUCAAAGAGAAGGAGAGUUAAUUCAAGAGAAGUUUGAAGUGAAAAAGCUAGCAAACUUUCUGAAGCAGGCUUCAGAAGACGCCAAAAAGUUGGUUAGCCAAGAAAGAUCUUUUGCUUGUGCUGAAAUUGAGAGUGCUAGAGCAGUGGUGCAGAGAUUUGGAGAGGCCCUUGAGGAACAAGAAAAGAACUCACAAGCUUCUGAAAAGCAGGAUGUGGAAGGGCUAAUGGAUGAGGUUCAAGAGGCUAGAAAAAUCAGAAUAAGGCAUCAGCCCAGCAAGGUGAUGGACAUGGAACAUGAGCUUCGAGCACUAAGAAUUCAAAUUAGGGAGAAGUCUAUAUUUUCAGUUAAGCUUCAGAAAGAGCUGGCAAUUAGCAAGAGAGCUGAGGAGAACCCAUCACGUCUAUACGAACUAAAUGGUUCUGAGACUUUAGGUUCAUAUUUACGAAUCCAACCUUGCUCUGAUAAGGCUCCAGAGCUUCUGAAAUGUUCAAUUCAGUGGUAUCGUGUAUCAUCUGAAAGUAGCAAAAAUGAGCCUAUUUCAGGUGCCAACAAAUCAAUUUAUGCUCCAGAACCCUUUGAUGUUGGUCGAAUCUUGCAAGCUGACAUUGUUUCAAAUGGCCAAAAAGCCACAGUGAUGACAACUGGUCCUAUUGAGCCUGCUGCAGGAUUAGGAAACUAUGUGGAUACACUAAUGCGGAAGCCCAACACCGAGUUCAAUGUAGUCAUUUCCCAGACGAAUGGACAAGAUCAUCCCUCACAUUCUGUUCAUGUAUUUCAUGUGGGAAAGAUGAGAAUGAAACUCUGUAAAGGAUGGAUCACAAAGGCUAGAGAAUCAUAUACGGCAUCCAUGCAGCUAUGUGGAGUUAGGGGUGGUGGUAAUGCUGCAGCCAAGGCUUUGUUUUGGCAAGCGAGGAAGGGCCAUUCCUUUGUAUUAGCAUUUGAAUCAGAACGAGAUCGGAAUGCGGCCAUUAUGCUUGCUAGGAGAUAUGCGCUUGACUGCAAUGUGAUCCUUGCUGGGCCCGAUGAUCGAGCUUAAACCCCAACCUAACUGAUUGAGUUUUGUCAAAUAUGAGAGUAUAAUCAGAAUUCCAAGUGUGAGUAUUUUUGUGUGUUUGUCUCUACCUUUGUUGUUGUAAUUGGGUUUUCACUAAUCUGGUUUCAUCCUUCUAGGCAUCAUUUUUUUUUUAUUUGCCUAAUCAUUUGCUUGUAACAAGUAUAUCACUUACAAUUAAUUUGUUCAUUUUGUGGCUGAUUUGCAUACCAUAUAGGAUUUCUUUGUUCUCAAA